AUGUGGGAGGAGGCAGAGGCUGGGUUCCCGGUGCGUCCACCCGCCGUGGCCGUAGCACCACGCCCGCGGGUAGGCGCUUCUAGUGUGAGCCACGGAGCUCGAUGCGACAGGAGCCACACCUGACGAGCGCGACCUACCUGCCCACAGUUUACCGCACACCAGCGCGGCAACAUGGGGAUCUCGGGGUCCAGUCUGCUGGAUGAGAACAAAUCCAAUUUCAUCAAAGGUCGAGCCCAGCAGGAGCUUGAUGCCUUCAGCGUGCUCUAUAAGCAGCAGUACUCAGUGGAGUACUGCAACAAGAUACGGGACGAGAUGAACCAGCAGGAGGAGCAGCGGACACAGCUGCUCAAACAAAGGGAGCCUCUGAAGGACGGGGAGAUGCUGUAUGAGGAGCAUGUGCUCUACUUCGAUGACACCAGGAAGUGGCGUGAGCGCUAUGUGGUGGUGCGGGCCAAUUACAGCCUCGAGUGCCAUGAGAGCUACGAGACUUUCGUCAAGGGCGUGCCAGCUCGGCACAAGCUGCUGCCCACGGGGGGCGUGGUGCUGACCACGGAGGAGAAGUACAUGGCGCUGGUGGACCAGUGCUUCCCCGACGCCAACCAUGAGAAGGAAGACUUUGCUCCACCAGUGAUCGGUAUGCCAGGACAGUUCCCUGUGUACCUGCGUCUGCCCUACAGGAGAGACUCCUACUUCUGCUUCAAACAGGAGGCCAGGCAAACGGGCUUCCUCGCCAUCCUCAACGACUGCAUACGCCACCAGAACCAGGACUUCCUGAAGAAGGGCACGGUGGAGGUGAAGGCCUUCCUGAGAGCGCUGAAGCAGCACAGGCAGCACAAGGGCCAGUACGAGUCCUGGGACAUGCUGAUCGGCAGCGACGCACGGGUUCUGUCCAACUUAUUGAUGGAGGACUUAUAUCCAUCUCUGGAGAAAGAGAUGCUGCCCAAGCUGAAGGCUAAGAAGACCGAGAGGAAGAGGGUGUGGUUUGCUACGGUGGAAGCUGCCUAUUUGCUGAUUCAGGGGCAUCUCCUGGAGGGCCUGACCACUCUGAAGGAAGCGUGCAAGACCAGUGCCAGCCAACAGAAGGUGCUGCUGCGCUCAGACAUGGACCAGAUCACCAGCUCUAAAGCAUUCCUGCAGAACAAACUCACAGCCAUGGUGACGGCUCCAGCGGAGCGGCACUGCUCUGAGCACGUGCAGCCGUUCCUGGUGUCCGUGCUGGAGGAGCUGAUGGAGCCGGUCAGCUCGGGCUUCGACGAGGCGCGGCUACUCGGGGCCAACACCAUGGAGGAGCUGUGCCAGGCCUUCCAGGAGGGCGCCGAGAAGGACGAACUCAAGACGGCGCUGGCCGGGAUGAGCAAGGCCAAUCUGCAGACGUGCUACCAGAGGGUGAGCAGCCUGCAGGACCAGCUGAAGGAGCUGCAGCAGAGAUUCAACUACACCAACGUCAUAGGCCUCGUCCACAGUACACAGAUCGACCUGCAGCAGCUGAUGGAAAAUAUGAGCUACACUUUUGAGCUGCUGUUACUGAAGGCUUUAGACGACAACCCUGAGAACUGGGCGCUAGCCAUGGAGAGAGCAAAGAACAGGGUUCUGAAGCAAUAUGACUAUGACAGCAGUACAGUGAGGAAAAGGAUCUUCCACCAGGCUCUGAUGGACAUCACCCUCCCCAGCAUGAGGAGGAACCUCGCCCCCACCGUCACACAUGAGCUUCCAAAGUUUGAGCAGUACAUCUUUGCUGAUCAUGCUCCAUUCAUCACCGUUGAGAAUGUCUACGAGGGCAUACUGCUGCAGGUCCUGGAGACAGAGGUCUCUAAAGUGGUGAAAGAGGCUGUCAGUAUGAAGCGGUACAACCUGAUCUCCGAGCUGAGCAGGGAGCACUUCAGCCAGUCCAGUAUCUACUCGCUGCGCUCCACCCCUCCCGGCUCCACGCCGGGCAGCCCUGCCAGGGUGGACAGCCUCCUGAGCCGCCAGCCCCAGCCCACCUCACCGCUCCUGGGCAACGGCAGCGAGGGAAGCCCCUGCACCAGCGCGCCCUGCAGCCCCGUCUCCGAGGAGGAGGAUGAGAGCAGCCCGGAAACCAAGCCAGAUGCAGCAGCAGCGUCUGAGCAGGCAGAGGUGGGGGAGACGCUAGCGCCCGCUCAGGUGAAUCCUUCGGCCAGGGAAGGCGAGAGUCCCGGUACGGCCGGUGCCGGUGCCGCCACGGCAGCAGCUGAGCAAGCCACCAGUCCCGUUGUCGAGUCUGUUAACGCAAUGACAAAGGAACCUGUGGCAGAGAGUGUGACACCGGAACACGAUGCUCCUGUAACCACGGAGACCGCUGCCGUGGAAAUAGCUAGUGCUAUAACAGAGGAAACGGUGGCAGCCACCGUCGUGGCUGAUGUCAUAUCUUCGGUCUCCAAGGAGAUGGCUGAAGUUCCGCCGAGUGCCGUUACCACAGAAACGACGGUCGACGAAGGCCAGGCUGCUGUAGAGAGUUCAGACACGGCUAACACAAUCGCUACACAAACAUCAUUCGACAUUCCCGCGCUGCCUGCAACUGUGAGCGCCCCAGUGACUGAAGCGCAUGUACCAGACAAGCUGCCCGAGGAGGCUGCAGUUGCCGCAGAGCCCCCCAGUCAGGUGGAGGUCCCUGAGGGUAGCCCCACACCCGUCUCCCCUGCUCCGGCUGAGGCCUGUGUGGAUCCCCCUGCGGCUGCGCCCGAAAACGCUGACACUGCUGAGGACAGCAAGGCAGAUGCUGAGGAGAGCCCUCCAUCUGUCACUCAGGAGACUGUUGCCCUGGAGAUGAGCGUAGAUGCCACAGGGGAGAAUGCUGUGCCUGAAAGUGACCCUUCUUUGACCUCCGACCCUGCUGUGGAGGUCAUCACUGCCAGUGAGCCUUUGCCAGGUGACGCUGAGGUGGAGCUGAGCGUGGAUGCCAAGCCUGUGCCAGUGGAAUUGGGCGUAGAAGAGUGCAUAGUGGUGGAAUGUAUUGACGACCGUUCACCAGUAGGGGUGGAGACGUUGGUGGAUGAGGUGACCGUCAAACCUGACGACGCCACCGAGGUCACGGAAAUAGAGCUGGUCGUGGAUGACGGGGAGGCCGCCACUGACCCGAGCGACACGGACGAGCCUCAGCCGGAGGCGGGCGAGACGCAGGUGGAGGAGUCUGUAGAUGCCGAGUCCGCAGCGCCCAGCGCUGCCGAUCGCGGGUCAGCCGAGGUGGAAGAGUGCGCAGAUGUCGAGGCUGCCCCGGCCGGCGCCGCUGACUCCAGAUCAGCUGAGGUGGAGGAAUGCGUAGACCCCAAGGAGAGCGGCACCGAGGGGACCGCGCCUGACCGCGGCACAGAUCAACGCACGGCACCGGAGGAACCAGCGGAACCAGCGGAACCAGCGGAACCAGCUGGUCCUGAGGCCAGGGACGAGGCGCCUUCAGCUGGGGAGAGCGCCAAUGUCAUGGACAGCGUAAAGGAGAUCCGUGACCUGAUAGUGGAGGUCAUCGAGGUGGAGGAACCUGUGCGGCAUUACCCACAAAGCCCCAGUGAAUGAGAGUCAAAAACGGCCAAAUGUGACUCAGCAAAAAGAGUGGAGAGAACUGCAAGGCAUGCACUGUUACAACAUAAACCCUGGACCAAGCAUUCCUUUUUGUCACGGUUGUGGAUAUCAAUCCAACCUCCCCCACUGAUCUUUAUCUGGACUGACACUGACAAUGGCUAAUUCACCAACUUUCGCACUACCAGUCAGUUCUGUUCCUUCUGAAAACUCAGUGAGUCUAGCCACCCCACCCCAGUUUAGAUCAGUGAACAGAUAUUUGUUUAGUAUCUGGAGAGUCAUAAAAUGUUUUGAUUAAACCAAGCAUAUGGUUUGGCUAUUUGGCUAUAAAGGGAUAUUCAGAGGAUUUUAACUGAAUGUGCGUGGGAUCUGUAGGUAGUUUAGUUAUUGUGGUUAAUACAUUUAUUUAAUUAUAUAUGUGAGGAAUUUGUACAGACUACCAAGUGAUUCAUUAGGGUCUUUAAAUCAUUUUUCCCUCAAAAGCGUGUUGGAUUUCUACAGCUAAUUUGUCGUUAUGAAGGAAAGUGACCUUAAUCUUUGUGAAGAAAACACCACAACACUUUUACUGCAUUUACAUGUCAUUUAUGUAGUCGUCCAUUGCCUGUUUUAAGGAAAUAUUUCAUUGUGUGCGUUUACAUGUAAGAGAACAUUGCCUUAUGCAGCCAAAGGUAUGCUUAUGUGUGGUUUUCAUCUGUCCUUAUGCUUUAUAAUCUCUAGCAUUUGAAGAAUGGUGAGAUUUUAGGUCUUGUGAUUCUGAUUGUUAUUGGAGAUGGCUUUUCGUCAUUCUGCAACUUGGACCAAAUCGUCUCUUGUGUUUGUAUUACAUGAAGUACAUGGAUCAUCAACAGGUGAAGCAUUUGGAUGCGUGGGAUCCUGUGUGGCUACAGUACAUUUAUAAGACCCAUGUAUGUAUGUAUGUAUGUAUGUAUGUGUGUGCACAUGACAUUCUGCUGCCUUCUGAAUGAUAGAAUGACUUAACAAUGUGUGACUUUCCCUGUUGAGUUGAUUUACAAUACACUUGUAGCCACGCCCUGCCCUGGGCGGCCUAGAAUUCCACAGUAAAAAAGCAACACACCCGGAAAACUUGAAGCCCACCAUUCCAGUCAUUCUGCAGAGUCCAGAGUGGUCACCUUUCUUCUAACAAUGUGUGUGUGUGUGUGUGUGUGUGUGUGUGUGUGCGUGGACACUAGAUGUCUCAAGCAGUGUGAAAAUAGUGCUGGUCAGAUAAGUUUUAGUUUACAGUCAUAAGAGUUGCAGCUUUAAUUGUUUUUUUUUUGUGGUUGAAACUAUGCAAUGAAACCGUUCCCUCACCAGUUUGCCUCGGGGACACGUCCUUGGCAGAGCAACAGGAUCCGGCCUAUACACCUGACCUCAGUUCAGAUUAUCGUCCCACAGUUUGCCAUGUCCGUGUAAAAAGAUAACAAACCCAAAUAAAUACGUAACUGAAAUCAGGAUAAA